ACCAAUUAUGUCAUUUAGAAUUGGCUUGUGGACGUGCAUUUUGCUUGCUGUUUUGGGCAUGAAAAUAAAAUUAGCGCUAGCGGUAACACGCCUUAAAUCGUAUUAAAGAAACUUAAUAUUCUCAAAUAUCUUAAUCUAUUUUGAAGUGGUAUUAUUCAUUUAUUUAUAGGGAGUCAAGCCUAUGUUUGUCAAAUCCGUGUCCUACAUUUCAGUAUUUUUUUCUCAAAUGGAAGAAAGUCUCGUACAGAGUGUAUUUUUGUUUAAAGGAGUGACUUAAAUGAUACUAUUGGAAUGGAAUGUUUAGGAAUAUUCCAUCUGUUUCCUAAUAACUAAGAAACUGUAAUAAUGUUUUCUAUAAUAGAGUUGGCUUUGAGUGUGGGGGUUCUUGUGACACUUAUAACAGCACUCUCAGCCUGUGUUUGUGGCUGCAAGAACUCAAAUCAGAAAAGUGAGUUGGUGGGUACUGCCGGUGUAGUUAAAAUUCGUUUUGAUGAGGAGGUACCGUCGCCUACUCCAACCACUCCGGCAUCUGUCAAGCGGGCGUCGACUCAGAACAACCAGCGCAGCUUGCCCGAGAUACCGCACCCUGUCGGAAGGCACGACAGUGGAGACACCGCUUCUGAAAUAUAUGCUACUGUCAACUUGGAUGAAGGUAACAAAGCGCCUGUAGUCGCGUCCACGAGUAGGGAGCACCCGUACGAACAUGCAUACGCUAAACUUCAGAAUGAGUCUCAUAAUAUAACUGUUGAAAUAACGCCAGAUCAAAGAUCUGAGGAUGAAAUCCAAAUUGAUGAGCGCGAAGCGACGCAGUCCGGCCCAGAAUCGGUAAUGAUAUCAGCGUCGGUGGCCAUCAGCGGGCAGCUGCCGUCCAGCCAGGAGUUGCCGUACAUCACGCCGCCAUCGCCGCGCCACAGGGACACGCCCGCUCACUUCAGCGGCGACUCCACCGACUCUGCCAAGGGAUAUACGAGCAUAUCAGUUCGCGAGCCGCUAAGCAACAUUCGCGCGCAGAGUGUGAAGCCGCCGACUCAGCCGCACUACGCCACCGUGUCUGAUGACUCGGAUGAAAUGUACGCAGCGAUUGAAGAAGCCUCCGCCGCGGGGUCGGAGACCUACGCCCAGAUCCGGCCCGCCCCCGCGCCCGCGCCCGCCCCCGCCCCCGCUCCCGCCCAGCACGAGCCCGCCGCCCAGUCUGUCAGAAGAAGCGCCCCGCCAGAAGUGGGAACUUCUACUCUCAACAACGCGAUGCAUUCGCGACAGGCGUCAACAUCGUCGUGCUCACUGUCGGCGGGCGCGCUGGGCUCCCCCAAGCCUGAGAAGCGGCAGGCCAACUCCCCGCUGCCGCCGCCGCCGCCCCACACCCCGCACCCGCCGCACCCGCCGCACCCGCCGCACCCGCCUCAUCCGCCUCAUCCGCCGCACGCCGCGAGAACGCAGCACCAACGGAUAUCUAGUACAGGCGAUCUUCACAGCAACGACAAGCUACGUCGCAGCCUAAACGAAAAACACCAACGAAACAACAGCUGCGUGAGUUCCUCAGACUUCUAUGGUUGCAACUACCCCGUGGAGAAGCACCGCUUCAGCUCUGGGGACCUCAUCCGGCCGCUCGUGGCCAAGGAGCUCCACUUCGACAUCGACAGCAAGGACCAGCGCAACCUCUACAACUCCAUCGACGGCCCCAACUGCAGCGACUACUCCUCCGACCUCAACAACAGCGUCACCUCCGAACGACCCACUGAAAGCCCCUCCAGAAACCUCGAAGAAAUGUACGCCAAAGUCCACAAGAAAAAAGGAAAGGACGACCCAAUCAGAAGGUCCAAAGAUCUCACGACCAACGAAGACAAUCUUGCCCCCAAGUUCCGCGGCGACGACCCCGGCUACGAAACCAUAGACAGAAAAAAAUCCGUCAACCACGGGUACGAAACCAUCGCUCACAAAGAACGCAAGAUAUCACAAAACCAAGACCCCGGCUACGAAACCGUUAAAGAUGUCAAUAAGUCGAACUUUUCUAACAACAAUAUGUUGAAACUCAACGCGGCCUUGGACAGCGGACCUAACAGCUUCAUCAGCAGUGACCACGGGUACGAACACAUCUCCAAGACUGACAACAACGCUUCAGACUCCGAUCCCAACUAUGAAGUGUUACGGAAUCAACCAUCAACCCCGCCAUAUGCCACUAUAGCGCCUAACUAUAAAAUGCAACCGACCUAUUCCACUGUCUCCAAACGGCCGUCAAAAUAUAACAACUGGCCCGGGAACAACAACGAGGAAACGAAUUCUAUAAUUGAACCAAAUUACGAAUCGAUGCCGCACGAUCCAUUAUACACGACGGGCAGCGAAUCAGAUCCGAACUAUGAAUCUGUACGGCCGAAAGACCCCAAUUAUGAAAGUGUUAGCACGCAGGAUCCCAAUUACGAGUCCUUGCGGUGUAAAGAUCCGAAAUACGAGUCGGUGAGGUCGAAAGACCCCAUGUAUGACUCUGUAAGAUAUAAGAAAGAUCCAAAUUACGAGAGCGUGAAGUAUUUCGAGUUGGCGAAGAAGGAGCCGCUGUAUGACGAUGUGUCCGUGAAGCGCUCGGACUCCGCGGCGGGCGCUGAGCGCGGGGCUCCCUCGCAGUCCAAAUCCAGUAUUAACGGCGGCGACGCCACCGUCAGCGAUUACUUUCAAGUCUAAUCAACAAGAUUUCAUAGACAAAAUACAGUAUGAGCUAUUAAUUUGAAAGCAGCCAAGAGAUUGUGCUUGUAUUCAUUUUUUUAUCCAUAGAAUAGAUUCGCAGUGUUUAAUACCUCUUCGACAGGAUAUUACAAAUAAUAUCUCCUUAGGUAUCUGUGAUAUAUAUAUUAUGAGUGUGGUUUGAACGUUAUUUUUAUUGUUAUUUGAGUACAUUUAGUAUAAAAAUGUGCUGCAUAGGCGAAAAUGUUUUAUAGCCUAUGUUGUGUCUGCAAUCUCCAUUGAUUAGUGUGUUCAUAACUAUUUAAAAUAGUUCGUAUGCUUAUGUAUGUGCUGUAUACCACGUGUACAAAAUCUAGAAUGUACAUAUUUUUUGCUAUUAGGUAAUUUAUUGUAACUUAAUUACAUAUAAAAUCGAAAAAUAUAUACGAGUAGGCAACGUUUCUGUUAGAUGUGAUGCUCUUCAGAGCAGUAUGUAACGUAAAUUGGCGUGAGUAUAUCUAACUUGAAAUAUAAUUAUAAGACUGUUUUAACUCUUUGAUUCAAUCACAUCGCACGUCGAUAGAGCACAUUAUAUUAAGAUUAUUAUAAUUAUGUAUCAAUAACAAUUGCAAAUGACCAUUCCUUAAACUUUGGACAACACACUACCUCAUUUUAAAUUUCCUCGCCGUAUGUAUAUGUAGAUGUGAUUAUUUUCAAAGAUUAAAAACAUUUUGUUUCAGCUUUAGUUACACCUUUUGUAUAAAGUUUUUAUUAUUGUUAUGUUUAUUUUGUUGUGACUAUAUUAUAAGUUAAGAAAUAAGAAAUUCGGUGUCAUAACUUUACUGGUGAGAAACGAUUUAUUGUAGUACCUGAGUACCAGCAGCACUUGGGGAUUACACAACCAGUGCCGUUUCAUAUUUUUUAUCUUAGAAAAUUUAUUGAACUAUAUAAUAUUUUUACAAAUCAAAAGUUGAACACGGCAUUUAAUAUUAUGAAGUAAUUUAGCUCGAUUGUCUACUUUAAAACUUUUACAAACGAGGUAUUAUUUUUUAAUAUACCUUUUAUAAUCUACCUUAUAUUCUUUGUAAUUAGUAGUAUUGCAAUCAAUUUGUAUGUUUUGAUCAUUACAAAAAUCAUGAGAUGUAAAGAAACAAAUUGUAAUCAAAGCCCAUGCGAAAUUAAAUGGAAUUCAAUCAAUGUGGAAUAUUCACCGCGAUGAAGUUUAGUAAUUUCUGGUGCUAUGAAAUGAAUGUCAUUAUUUCAAUAUUUAUCAAAAUGUACAGAAAGUGUUAUCAAAAACCUUUUUGCAUAAAAGUAUUAUUUUACUACAAUAAGUGCUUCAUAAAAGCCUUUUUAUAUACUUUAAUAAUGAUUUAGUGAUAAUAUGAACACCACUUUAAGAUAUCUAUUGUCACUUAUCUGUGUAACUGUAAAUAUAUCUAAUUAUACUAAAUUUGUAAUAAAAAUAUAUGUAAUUCAACAUGUACUUCUAUACACAAAGCAAAAUCCAUUCCAUAUUUAUUAAUAGAUUCAAUGGCUAAAUUAUCUAAAGAAAUAAAAUAUGCCAUAAAUAAA